CGCCGCGCUCCGGCGGACCCCGCAGUCCCGCGCGGGUCGGGGCCGACGUAAACUUUCUGUAUUGCAGCAUCGUGGACCCUGGCUUGGGGGCGGCGCGCGGUCAGCCGUCGCCGGGUCCAAGAACCUGCCGGGGUGAACGGGUUCUCCGUGCGCAGGAACCCCCCGGGGGCUGAGAAUAGCGCGCAAUUCGGGGAUGGACACUUGUAGCAAGUUUAAUCAUCCUCCAUUUGUCUGGGGCAACCAAGAAAGGAACAGAAAAGCAAACCACCUCAGAAACACAGAAGUCAAUGCAGUGUGGAACCUGGACAAAGCAUGCAGAGGGAGGUAUCUUUACCUCUCCCAACUAUCCCAGCAAGUACCCCCCUGACCGGGAAUGCAUCUACAUCAUAGAAGCUGCUCCAAGACAGUGCAUUGAACUUUACUUUGAUGAAAAGUACUCUAUUGAACCCUCUUGGGAGUGCAAAUUUGAUCAUAUUGAAGUUCGAGAUGGACCUUUUGGCUUUUCUCCAAUAAUUGGACGUUUCUGUGGACAACAAAAUCCACCUGUAAUAAAAUCCAGUGGAAGAUUUCUAUGGAUUAAAUUUUUUGCUGAUGGAGAGCUGGAAUCGAUGGGAUUUUCAGCUCGAUACAAUUUCACACCUGAUCCUGACUUUAAGGACCUUGGAGCUUUGAAACCAUUACCAGCUCCAUUUUUGUGUGUUUAUUUGCCAUUCUGUUAUUUAGUGUGUGAGUUUGAGAUGGGUGGUCCCGAAGGAAUUGUGGAAUCUAUACAAAUUAUGAAGGAAGGCAAAGCUACGGCCAGUGAGGCUGUCGACUGCAAGUGGUACAUCCGAGCACCUCCACGGUCCAAGAUUUACUUGCGAUUCUUGGACUAUGAGAUGCAGAAUUCAAAUGAAUGCAAGAGAAAUUUUGUGGCUGUGUAUGAUGGAAGCAGUUCCGUGGAGGAUUUGAAAGCCAAGUUCUGUAGCACUGUGGCUAAUGACGUCAUGCUACGCACAGGUCUUGGGGUGAUCCGCAUGUGGGCAGAUGAGGGCAGUCGAAACAGCCGAUUUCAGAUGCUCUUCACAUCCUUUCAAGAACCUCCUUGUGAAGGCAACACAUUCUUCUGCCAUAGUAACAUGUGUAUUAAUAAUACUUUGGUCUGCAAUGGACUCCAAAACUGUGUGUAUCCUUGGGAUGAAAAUCACUGUAAAGAGAAGAGGAAAACCAGCCUGCUGGACCAGCUGACCAACACCAGUGGGACCGUCAUUGGCGUGACUUCCUGCAUCGUGAUCAUCCUCAUUAUCAUCUCUGUCAUCGUACAGAUCAAACAGCCUCGUAAAAAAUAUGUCCAAAGGAAAUCAGACUUUGACCAGACAGUUUUCCAGGAGGUAUUUGAACCUCCUCAUUAUGAGUUAUGUACUCUCAGAGGGACGGGAGCUACAGCUGACUUUGCAGAUGUGGCAGAUGACUUUGAAAAUUACCAUAAACUGCGGAGAUCAUCUUCCAAAUGCAUUCAUGACCAUCACUGUGGAUCUCAGCUGUCCAGCACUAAAGGCAGCCGCAGUAACCUCAGCACAAGAGAUGCUUCUAUCUUGACAGAGAUGCCCACACAGCCAGGAAAACCCCUCAUCCCACCCAUGAACAGAAGAAAUAUCCUUGUCAUGAAACACAACUACUCGCAAGAUGCUGCAGAUGCCUGUGACAUAGAUGAAAUCGAAGAGGUGCCGACCACCAGUCACAGGCUGUCCAGACACGAUAAAGCCGUCCAGCGGUUCUGCCUCAUUGGGUCUCUAAGCAAACAUGAAUCUGAAUACAACACAACUAGGGUCUAAAAAGACAAUUCAAGAGAAGAACUAUUUAUACAAACAUGGGGACUGUGAAAAGAAAAUUCUGUAGUGAAUUGUGAAAAGUGGACAUGUUUCUAAAUUCAUUCCACUGCCUUUAUCCAAACUUAAGAAUUGCAGACAUUUGUUAUUCCUUCGGCAAGACAUCCCCGCUGCACAAUGACAUGUUCAUUUCGUAAUUUGGUUGCUGGCCACCAAGUGCUCCUUAGUUUUUAAAUACAUUUUGAGAUUUACUGGAAACUUGAAGAAGAAAUUAGUUCCCGAUUAAGACUAUCCCAAGUUUAUUUUUAUUGUCAGUUUCACUUUUGUUUCUAUGUUGUUUUAUGUCUUUGUUAUAUAAUUGUACAUUGUGUGAUAUGUGAAAAAAAACAGGAAUUUGGAUGAACCUUGUGUUACAUGUACAUUGUUUUCAUUAUAUAGACUGCUUGAGAAUAGUGCGUUCCUGAAUGAUUUUGAACAUGCUACAGUGAAAAGUGACCGUGGACCAUGGAAUCACCAGCUAGAGGUUAUGGACUAUACACACCUAUUAUUAUAUUCUGAUUAAAUGCAGCAAAAAGUAACAAGUAAAAUUACUAGAUUGCAAUAAAAAAUUUCAUUUUUGGUCUUUCCUAUAUAUCCCCAAUUUUUCUUUUUUGUUUAUAUUAAAGGAAGUACUGAGUUUCAGAAAUCCUUUUUGAAAUCAGGUAUUUUACCAUUCAUACUCUACAGUAGAAAUGUUUUUGAUUAAGCACUCAGCAAUAUGACCAAAUAAGCAGUUUGAGGAAACACCCUGCAUGUCAGUACUGGAUAUUUGAGCUGGGAAAAUAUCCUUUUUGUUAGACACAUUGUAAAAAGCAUGCAUUGUCAAAUACUGUUGUUACUCUUUCAUUUCUUUAUGUCAUAUGCUUGCUACUUAUGACUUUUUAUAUAAAUAUAUAUAAAAUGUAUAAUAAUUUCCUAAUUUGAGUUAAGAGAAAUGUUUUCUUCAAUUAGAGUGAAAAAAAACUGACUUACAUAAAUACGCAUUUUAUAUCAACUCUUUCCACCUUUUAGGGUACAGGAUAUCCUUCAGUAUUGAGGUUUACUUCCCCCAAAUAUUUGGCUUCUAAAAGUUUAGGGGAAUAUGUUCUUCUUUUAGAAUAGGAAAGUCUUUUUUUUUUUCUUUUUUUUUUUACUGUUUUAAAAUCACAGGUCCUUCUAUGAACUAUAUUACACUAUUCUGACUUACUCUUCUUCUCAGGCACACAUAAUACACCUGAAAGCUUAGUGAUUAUAAUGUGUUUAACAUAAAGUAAAAUCCUAAACUAUAUUUUAUUGCUAUUAUGUACACAUUCUGUAAUGUUUGAUUUAGUGAGCAGUUAUUUUUUAAAUAUUUAAUGUAUAAUCUUACAAAAUGAAUUUGAAAAUAAGAAUUCUAUCAGUAUAUAUGCUUAUCAGCUUUUUCAAAACUACUGAAUUCUGCAGGUUGAAAGAGUUCUUUCCGUCCACUAACAGAACAAUCUGGUUUACUAAAAUUUAAAAUUUGCAAUUCAAGCAGGCUUUGCAAACUAAAUAGGCAAAUCACUGUCAUACAUCCCUAUUAGGAAUUCAAUGUUAUAUAUAUCACAAAAUAAUUAAAUAGAAAAUAAAAUAAAAUUUUGUAAUAGAAAAAUCAAAUUAUCCCAGCUAUUAUAAACACUCUAUGUUGAAAAAAUGUCAAGCCACACAAUCACUUCAAUGAAUCUGAUAAGCUGGGGAAUACGGAAAAGAUAUUGAUCAUGACAAAUAAAGAUUAUUUUUCAUUGUUAUGCUACAUAUUUUAUACAUAUUCCUUGUGAUAAAAUCUAUUAUUUUUAUUUAGCUUGACUAGUUUAUUUAUUACCAUGUUUUUUUUCUUUGCCCUUUAAUUCAAAGUUAAUGCACCAAAGAUUUUUAAAAAAUGAUUAAUCGUAUCUUAUAUUGCUUUCUCUAUUUAGAAAUCUUCAGAAGACUCCUUUCCCUUUGAAUGAUAAUCUCAAAAGUAUGAUACACCUUUCAAGGCUUUAUGUAUAACAGCAAUAAAAGUGGUGAAAUAAGUUAGGUGAAUGGUUUACUAUACAUUUGCUUUAUAUCUGUCCGAUAUGUUCAUCCCCUUCCAGUUUCUCCUAAAUAUACAGAAUGCUGACUGCCUGCUUCAAAGAUAUUUCCACUGGAAAUCCACUAAUGGAGACUUAAAAAUAAUCCACUAAAGUAUAAUAAUCAAUAUGAAUAGCUCACACAUAUUUAAUACACAGCAGCUUCAUGGGAAAAAUAUUUUAAAUGAAGAACAAGCCUCCUCAGUGAUAACUCUAAAAUUAUUCAACAAUGUACUAAUCAUAAAACAAGAUAAUCAUAAAAAAAGACUAAUCAUAAAACAAGAUAAUGCCAAUGACUGGGAAGGGUCUGGAGGUUUUCUCUGCUUCUGGCAUUCACUCCAGAUGCUGGAUCUUGGGAGUACAGGAUUCUAUCAGAGCUGGGAGACGGUCUCUUAAGGGCCCUGGGGGUGCUUUUUUAUCAGCCAGAAUUGAGAUAUGUCAAUAUACUACAAGCUAUUUAGUAGCUAUAUCAGACCUUAUCACCUGAAUGCAACCUUUGGCCUAAAUUUUAAAGGUGGUGACACACAUAGAUAGCAAUGAAAUGUUUCAAGAUUAAGUCAUGUUGUUUUAAUAAAUGAUGAUUUUUUUGAUAAAGUGAAUUCAAAUUACCAACCCAAGUGCUUUACUGAUUCAGUAAGCUGGCUUCAGAUAAUGUAUAAAGUUAGCCUACUUUGUUAAUUGAUAAAGCUAUACUUUUUCAUUUUAUUUUUUCAAGUUUUAAUUCACUUUUCCAAAUCAUGGUGGCAUAUACUCACAUGUCAUGCUUAUGAAGCCCACAUUAAGCUUUGUAUCUCUGUCCAAAUGUAUUGUGGUUGCCUAAUUUCAGGGUUCUAGUUUGGAAAUCUGAUUUCUUUUGUACCUGUUUUUCUAAUAUAUACCAAUUUUAAGCAUUAUCUUGCAAAAUACACAUAGGUGGAGUUUGAUUUUCCAUAAUUAACUCAAAUUUGUUUUGUAGCUAAAAUGUGGUUAUCCACAUAAUUGGAGAUCAGCAUCUUUGGGCUUUUAAUGGAGAACACAUCGCAUUGUGAUGAUGCUGGCUUUUCUGUUUUACGUUACUUUUGCUCUAUAGUUAUUUUGGGGAGUGUAAUGGCUCCGUAAGUAGUGACCCUCAGUGUUUAGUAACUUAGGUCAUUGCAUGACGUUGAUAUUCACAUAGCUUCUGUAUCAUUUUUUUCUGUAUUUUUUCCUUAGGAAUUUAAUUUGGGUCUUCCUCAAAUUUUACACCUUUUAAAAAAAUUCCAUGAAUGUGUUUUUCCCAACCUCAGAAUAUCAUAAUAAAUUACAAAAUAUGACCCUGGUUCCUAUUACCUUUAUCAAAAUGACAGCAAUUAAUUUUCUGUUGCUUUGUCAGUGACAUAAUAGCAUCUUAUGAAGUUUGUAUAUCUCUGUGAUGAAAAUGAGUCAUGUCAGAUUCCCUCUCUGAAGGGAAGUAAAUAAACAUUUGUAUAAUUCUCUGAAUUAUAAAUUAAUAUGUGUGGAAAGGUGAGUUAGGGAUUUGACUAAUUGCGCUGAGGAGAGUUAGCUCCAGUGCCAUUUUUUCUCUGUGCACUUUUUUCUCCAUGGGUUCAUUUCUAUCUGUCGCAGUCUAGCACAAAGGCAAGAAAUUGUAAAAUAGACCCAACAACAAAAGAAACAGGUCUUAAGUUAACUGUCAAUCUCUUAAGCAUUUACUUAAUAUUGCCCAUGCCCAUCUUAAAGGUUUAAUAAAGUAGCAGAAUAAAAAUAUAUUGUUGAAAUAGCCAGAGAUGUUUUUAUACAAAAUCCCAUUAAAUAAAUCUGAGCCCCUUUGUUAAUUUAGAAGUAUCAUGAUUCAUUUUAUUAAUAAACUUGUUUUCAUUUUAUUAAAACAAAUUUCUCUGACUGACUUAUAUCAUCAAAACAAAUCAAACAGGGUAAUAAAAAUAACAACUAUAGGUGACUGAUGUCCAACACUCAUAACAACUCAUCAUUUUCUCGUAGCCUCUGGUUCUGUACUUUCUCGUGUGUUGUUACAGAGGUCAAAGCUCUCUUAACAUGCCUCUAGUUCCUCGGAGGUAGGAAAAAUAAACUCAGCCUGCUUUAGACCUGUGUAUUUGCUUGAGUUGGUUUCCAGAAAGAGUAUGUUCUUAUUCCUGAAACAGUAUGAUCAUAGAGUUAAACUUCUCCUUUCUAUCCACGACUACUGUGCAGUCAACAUGUUCUUUCUGUUCCCAGCUUCUCCCAUCCUUCCAACCUCUGAGGCAUGCUAUUUUACAGUGGUCUGUUCUUUGAAAAAUUGUUUUUGUGCCCUCUCUUAAUAGUCACAGAUACUGACACAAAACUUCAAAAUGACCAGAAAACAUAAUGUAUAAAUUAUUUAAAAUAAAACAUUUUUUUAUAUCUCAUCAAA